AGGUUUUUUUCCGUUGUAGUUGAGGAAGGUGUCUAGGUGACAUAUAAUGUGUAAUAGAUCUGUCAAGCCUUGGCCAAUUGUUUUAUGACAGACAUGUCAUUAGAACACAGGCCAUUUCCAGUAAAUGUAGCCAACAUAUCGUCAUUUGGAAGAAAGACAUAAAACAAAUAUAUAUAUCUGGAAAACAUUUAACCACACAGAAUCCAUACAUUUUGCUACUUUUAUACAGGCAGAUUUUGAUUGUUUCACGUUUGUCCCAUUAAUAACAAUUUUGUCAAUAAUAAAGUAAAAAAAAAAAAAAAUCAAAAAUAAAACUAAUAAUGAAUAAAUAAAAUAAAAAGUUGUGUUGCCAAUAGUAAGAAAAAUCAAUAUUUGGUUUCAGAUAUUUAUCUAUGCUAUUUUUUUUAUUCUAAUAAAAUAAUCUAGUGACUAAUAAUUAUCUGAAAAAUUAACUGUUGAUGCCACUUUUGUACUAAUAAUCAAUUACCCGUAUAAACCCGAGAUAAGCAGAGCCAAGGCAACAUAACAGGUUACGUGACCCCUGGAACGGGGUCAGAUUUAUUGUAGCAACGAAUCAUAGCAACGCAGAGAGUCCAUGACGACGAUGGUCGCGAGAUCGUGGAUCAUGUGUUGGAAUGCGACAGUGUUUAAGAACUUCACACAGAUCAAAUAGUUUCGGAGCCGCAUUGAAAGCUCGCGCUGUCCUGAGCGAUAAACAUGGGAUGUGGGAGCUCCAAAAUCACGGUGGUCGAACCCGUAAAACCGAGAAGUCUGAACGGAGAUGAGUUUGUUGUGCAGGGAGGCUCUCGUGGUGACUCUGCCGUGUCCAAGAUGACCACAGACAGCGGGGUCAGUCUGGAUGCAGCGGAGCCUACAGUCCUGCCUGGAUCUGUACCUAGAAUGCUGCCACCUUUACAAGCCCAGAGCUCUGGACUGGCCCAGCAAAGGGAAGAGAGGCCAGAGUCCAGUGAGAUCCUGGAGCAGCUGCUUGUUCAGGGAAUUAUUCCAGCUCAACCAAGACACGGAGGAAGUGGGGAAGCCUACAACAUUAUGAUGGAUGAUGCUGAGAAGCCAAAGAGAAGACCUCCUGCUCGGCUAGAAUCACUGAAAAUUCGCAAAGAACAAGAAGUCACCAGAAAGGAAGACAUUGAGAUGAAGAUGAGACAGGUGGAGGAGAGGAGAAAGGAGAAGGAGGAAGACCUGAAGCGCAGGUUGAGGAUUAAAUCAGCACGGCCAAGUGUCGCUGCCCCAGUGACCGCAGACGGGGAACUCGACCCCUUGGAACUGCUCCAUUCCGAACAGGUUCCUGUCCCAACCAGAACCAAACAGCUACAGUCAAUGGAGCCAGUCAAUGGAGACUCUGAGGACCAAAGACUUAAUGAUUCCCCAGAACUGGAAAAUGACUCCACCUUCCAACAGACUGAAGACCCAGAUGAGGGAUUUUAGACCUGCUGCUGCUGUGUGUGUGUUUCAGAAUGAAGCUAAAUACAGAAGCAGCUUGAUCUAGCAAUAUUUCCUAACGUAUAUGCUUAGAGUUGCACAUGCACUUUACACGUUAUUCACUUUAUUAUAUGGUAUGGCUGAGAUCAAAUUCUGACUUUGGGUUUUACAUUAUCAUGGAAAUAUGUGCCUAAAAAGUGUAAACAGUUUGUUGCAGUAAUUUUGUAGGUAGCAGUGCAAUAAUUGGAAGGGUUAACAAUUCAGCAUGUUAUAUAUAAUAUAUGCAAGUUGCCAAUGAGAUAUUUCUUUCAAUACUGCUCAUAAGUCUUGAAUUUUAAGAACAUUAUUCUUUCUCAAAAGUUCCAAGAUUUAAAAAAUACAGUAAAAUAUUGUAAACAAAUCAUUAGAAAUAAUCAUUUUAAAGAACUGUUUUCUGUCUUAUCCUUUCAUAUUUUAAAGUGUAAUUUAUUCCUGUGAUGACAAGACUGAAAUUUUGGCAGCCAUUACUCAAAUCUUCAGUGUCACAUAACCCUUCAAAAAUCAUUCUAAUAUUAUGGAUUAUUAUUACUGUUAUUUUUGUUUUUUGCUGAAGUAACAUUUCCUUUUAUUAUCCAGGGUGACUUCUAAAAAGAACAGUUGUUCUGCUAGGAUUUUAAGACAAAUAGAGAUUUCAAGAGAACAUCGUUUACUUGAAAUAGACUGAAAUAUCUAUACAGUGUAAUUUUUUAUCAAUUUAAUGCAUCCAUGCAAAGUAGAAAUAUCUAUACAGUGUAAUUUUUUAUCAAUUUAAUGCAUCCAUUCAAAGUAGAAGUAUUCAUUUCUUAUUAAUCCCAAACUUUUAUGUACAGUUUAUCAUAGAAACUACUUUAUAUGCAAUCAAUUAUUACGAUAAUCUGUGUAACCACUACCUUCAACUAAAGGGAAGUGGCUGUCCACAAGGUGGAGCUACAUUAGGCUGAAACCGAGAAUUGUUUUGUCUUGGGGACGGUGGAAAUCUGAGAUGGCUAUUUGGUGUUUUCCUUGAAUGUUAGAAUGUCUCUUUGUAAUUAUGAUGGUCUAACUAUACUAAAGUAAAUAUGCAAUUUACCUCUUGCAAUUAGCUAAUUAUAUAAAAGUAGAUACCUUUAAAAAACGUGUUGUCCUGUGUGUGUGUGUGUGUGUGUGUGUGUGUGUGUGUGUGUGUGUGUGUGUGUGUGUGUGUGAGCUGUUACAGCUGCCAGUGAUUUGUCUGCCUGCACUGACAUUCUGACAGGUCCCACCUGUUACAUUUGAAAAUGCCCCCUCUAUCAAAGCAGUACUGCCUCACCAUUCAAGCUGGCUCUUGUCAUGCAGGCUUUUAUGAAACCAUAUGAAAUUAGACUCAAACAUUAAAACAUAUGUACCGCACAACUAGAUUUCACCUGACUUUA